CUCGUACAAAGAGCGCAGAGCCGCGCAGCAUCGCCAACGAGCGCCGGAGCUCUUCGUCGAUAGAGCUCUCGACCAUGUCCGCAGUUCUCUUUCUCCACCAAAGCCUCAUCCUCCCUCGCAUCACUCGCGCCCUCAAACCCUCCUCCUUCUCCUCCUGCUUCUCCCUCCCUCUUCUCCGCCCCAUCUCCCAUCCUUUCUCCUCUCUCGCCGCCUCCCGUGCCUCCUCCAUCCCCACACACGAUGACGUUGAUGGUGCUGCGCCGAUUGCAGUGACUGAGCGAACGAUGAUUGACGUGAACCCCCCUCGUGGCACGAGGGACUUCCUCCCCGAGGACAUGAGACUUCGCAACUGGCUCUUCCAGCAGUUCAGGGAGGUUUCUCGAUUGCUCUCGUUUGAAGAGGUUGACUUCCCUGUCCUUGAAUCAGAGGCAUUGUACAUUAGAAAAGCAGGGGAGGAGAUCACUCAGCAGUUGUACAAUUUUGAGGAUAAGGGUGGUCGUCGUGUUGUGUUGAGGCCUGAAAUCACUCCUUCGCUGGCUAGGCUUGUAAUCAAGCAAGGGAAAUCUGUCUCCCUGCCGUUGAAAUGGUUUACUAUAGGACAGUGUUGGAGGUAUGAACGGAUGACAAGGGGAAGGCGUCGAGAGCAUUACCAAUGGAACAUGGAUAUAAUUGGUGUUUCUAGAGUUCGGGCUGAAGCUGAGCUCAUUCAUGCUCUUGUCAUUUUAUUUGAAAGACUUGGGAUCACAUCCGCAGACGUGGGGAUCAGGAUUUCUAGCCGAAAGGUUUUGCAGGCAGUGCUGCAAACAUAUUCCAUUCCCGAACAUUUAUUUACUGAAGUUUUUGUCAUUGUUGACAAACUCGGAAAAAUUUCUAGAGAAGAGAUUGAGAAAGAAUUGGUAUCAGUUGGUGUAUCAUUAGAUGCUGUCAAGGGUCUGGUUGAAGUCUUGUCAUUCAAGUCAUUGACUAGAUUGGAAGAUGUUCUAGGACCUAAUGCCGAAGCUGUUGCGGACUUGAAACAACUUUUCUCACUUGCCGAAAACUAUGGAUAUUCUCAGUGGAUCCAAUUUGAUGCAUCUGUAGUUCGUGGGCUUGCCUACUACACAGGAAUUGUCUUUGAGGCAUUUGAUAAAGAAGGAAUAUUACGGGCGAUCUGUGGGGGUGGAAGAUAUGAUAGAUUGCUCUCUACAUUUGGCACUGAUGACAUCCCUGCUUGCGGCUUUGGAUUUGGAGAUGCUGUCAUAGUGGAGCUACUAAAGGAGAAAGGGCUUGUUCCAGACCUAAUUCGCCAGGUAGAUGACAUUGUAUUUCCACUUGAUGCGGAACUUGAGGGACCUGCAUCCAAGAUUGUGGCCUCCCUUAGGCAAAAAGGAAGAAGCGUUGAUCUUGUUGAAGACAAGCGCCUCAAGUGGGUGUUCAAGCAUGCAGAACGGGUCAAUGCAGGCAGGCUUAUCUUGGUGGGGAACUCUGAGUGGCAACGAGGUAUGGUUCGUGUAAAGAUCCUAUCUACCAGAGAGGAAAAUGAAAUUAGAAUUGAUGAACUAGACUGAUUCUCAUUCCUUUUUUCCCCCUUCUAUCUAUAGAUCUCUUUUUAAUUCCUUAUCUUACCAAUUGUUUUAAUUGUAAUUUUCAAGUGAAGCUAAUUAUUUAGCUUGGUUUGCUAUAUAUCCAAUUUACUGUUUUAAAAUUGAGUUCUCCACUGGAAGAUUUAUCCUUUUAUAUUGAAAUAUCAGAAUGAAGUUAUUAUCUUUCUCUAUUGCA